AUGCUACUUGUUGCGCUGGCGUCGCUGUGUCAGCAUCGUACCCAGCGCUGGCGUCGCUGUGUCAGCAUCGUACCCAGCGUUGGCGUCGCUGUGUCAGCAUCGUACCCAGCGCUGGCGUCGCUGUGUCAGCAUCGUACCCAGCGCUGGCGUCGCUCUGUCAGCAUCGUACCCAGCGCUGGCGUCGCUGUGUCAGCAUCGUACCCAGCGCUGGCGUCGCUGUGUCAGCAUCGUACCCAGCGCUGGCGUCGCUGUGUCAGCAUCGUACCCAGCGCUGGCGUCGCUGUGUCAGCAUCGUACCCAGCGCUGGCGUCGCUGUGUCAGCAUCGUACCCAGCGCUGGCGUCGCUGUGUCAGCAUCGUACCCAGCGCUGGCGUCGCUGUGUCAGCAUCGUACCCAGCGCUGGCGUCGCUGUGUCAGCAUCGUACCCAGCGUUGGCGUCGCUGUGUCAGCAUCGUACCCAGCGUUGGCGUCGCUGUGUCAGCAUCGUACCCAGCGCUGGCGUCGCUGUGUCAGCAUCGUACCCAGCGCUGGCGUCGCUGUGUCAGCAUCGUACCCAGCGCUGGCGUCGCUGUGUCAGCAUCGUACCCAGCGCUGGCGUCGCUGUGUCAGCAUCGUACCCAGCGCUGGCGUCGCUGUGUCAGCAUCGUACCCAGCGCUGGCGUCGCUGUGUCAGCAUCGUACCCAGCGCUGGCGUCGCUGUGUCAGCAUCGUACCCAGCGCUGGCGUCGCUGUGUCAGCAUCGUACCCAGCGCUGGCGUCGCUGUGUCAGCAUCGUACCCAGCGCUGGCGUCGCUGUGUCAGCAUCGUACCCAGCGCUGGCGUCGCUGUGUCAGCAUCGUACCCAGCGCUGGCGUCGCUGUGUCAGCAUCGUACCCAGCGUUGGCGUCGCUGUGUCAGCAUCGUACCCAGCGCUGGCGUCGCUGUCUGCUUUUAGCCUUCGGUCCAAAGACACAGCUCUAUCUUGAGUCCCUUCAGUCACCAGCUCAUGGGCACACCCCCCACCCCCCUGUCUCAGUCCCAAUCCCAACACUCACCCCAGCCCCAACUCUCAGCCCCAACUCUCAGCCCCGACUCUCAGCCCCGACUCUCAGCCCCGACUCUCAGCCCCGACUCUCAGCCCCAACUCUCAGCCCCGACUCUCAGCCCCGACUCUCAGCCCCAACUCUCAGCCCCGACUCUCAGCCCCGACUCUCAGCCCCGACUCUCAGCCCCGACUCUCAGCCCCGACUCUCAGCCCCGACUCUCAGCCCCGACUCUCAGCCCCAACUCUCAGCCCCAACUCUCAGCCCCGACUUUCAGCCCCGACUCUCAGCCCCGACUCUCAGCCCCGACUCUCAGCCCCAACUCUCAGCCCCAACUCUCAGCCCCGACUCUCAGCCCCGACUCUCAGCCCCGACUCUCAGCCCCGACUCUCAGCCCCGACUCUCAGCCCCGACUCUCAGCCCCGACUCUCAGCCCCAACUCUCAGCCCCAACUCUCAGCCCCGACUCUCAGCCUCAACUCUCAGCCCCAACUCUCAGCCCCGACUCUCAGCCCCGACUCUCAGCCCCAUUCCCUUCAAUAGUACUAGUUCUGUCAACUGGCCUCACUUCCUAUGUCGCCCCCAACCCAGGCCUCAGCCCCCAGCCCAGGCCACAGUCCCCAGCUCAGGCCACAGUCCCCAGCCCAGGCCACAGCCUCCAGCCCAGGCCACAGCCUCCAGCCCAGGCCACAGUCCCCAGCCCAGGCCACAGCCCCCAGCCCAGGCUACAGUCCCCAGCCCAGGCCACAGCCUCCAGCCCAGGCCACAGCCUCCAGCCCAGGCCACAGCCUCCAGCCCAGGCCACAGUCCCCAGCCCAGGCCACAGCCUCCAGCCCAGGCUACAGCCCCCAGCCCAGGCCACAGUCCCCAGCCCAGGCCACAGUCCCCAGCCCAGGCCACAGUCCCCAGCCCAGGCCACAGUCCCCAGCCCAGGCCACAGUCCCCAGCCCAGGCCACAGUCCCCAGCCCAGGCCACAGUCCCCAGCCCAGGCCACAGUCCCCAGCCCAGGCCACAGUCCCCAGCCCAGGCCACAGUCCCCAGCCCAGGCCACAGCCUCCAGCCCAGGCCACAGCCCCCAGCCCAGGCCACAGCCCCCAGCCCAGGCUACAGUCCCCAGCCCAGGCUACAACCUCCAGCCCAGGCCACAGCCUCCAGCCCAGGCCACAGCCUCCAGCCCAGGCCACAGCCUCCAGCCCAGGCCACAGCCUCCAGCCCAGGCCACAGUCCCCAGCCCAGGCUACAGUCCCCAGCCCAGGCUACAACCUCCAGCCCAGGCCACAGCCUCCAGCCCAGGCCACAGCCUCCAGCCCAGGCCACAGUCCCCAGCCCAGGCUACAGUCCCCAGCCCAGGCUACAACCUCCAGCCCAGGCCACAGUCCCCAGCCCAGGCCACAGCCUCCAGCCCAGGCCACAGUCCCCAGCCCAGGCCACAGCCUCCAGCCCAGGCUACAGCCCCCAGCCCAGGCCACAGUCCCCAGCCCAGGCCACAGUCCCCAGCCCAGGCCACAGUCCCCAACCCAGGCCACAGCCCCCAGCCCAGGCCACAGUCUCCAGCCCAGGCUACAGCCUCCAGCCCAGGCCACAGCCCCCAGCCCAGGCUACAGCCCCUAGCCCAGGCUACAGCCCCCAGCCCAGGCCACAGUCUCCAGCCCAGGCUACAGCCUCCAGCCCAGGCCACAGUCCCCAGCCCAGGCCACAGUCCCCAGCCCAGGCCACAGCCUCCAGCCCAGGCUACAGCCCCCAGCCCAGGCCACAGUCCCCAGCCCAGGCUACAGCCUCCAGCCCAGGCCACAGCCUCCAGCCCAGGCCACAGCCCCCAGCCCAGGCCACAGUCCCCAGCCCAGGCCACAGCCUCCAGCCCUAA